GAGUGAGCGGCGGCACGCGUGGGGAGCUGUGGGAGGUGCGGGUGGCGGGCAGCGCGAGGCGCGGGAGUGGGGCGCGUCAGGGCAGCCCUUCCCCCUGCCCAGCUCUGGUAGGGCGACCGGAGCUGUGGGAGUUUCCGCGCCCGGGAGGGAGAUGCAGCUGCCGCUCUGGCUGCUUGCAGGUAACGUGCAGGGUGACUCCCGCAGGGUCGAGUGGGGCCGAGCACGCCGCGGGACGAGCAAAGUCGGCGGCGGAGUGGACGCCAAGUCCCCUCUAUCGCUGAUCCCCAAGCUUGAUUUCUAACCAGCAUAAUGCUGGAGCCAGAGGCUGACAGCCUGCAGUUUUCAAAAUGGCCGAGUUGGAGGCCGAUUUGGAUCACAUCAUUCCAUCUUCUGUUCUUCCUCCUUUCAGGGCUAAGUUAGUAGUGGGAUUUGUUUCCCUCUUAUGUUUUGCACGUAGCUAUGAUGGAGAUUUUGUCUUUGAUGACUCUGAAGCUAUUAUUAACAAUAAGGACCUCCAGGCAGAAACGUCCCUUGGGGACCUGUGGCAUCAUGACUUCUGGGGCAGUAGGCUGAGCAGCAACACCAGUCACAAGUCCUACCGACCUCUCACAGUCCUGACUUUCAGGAUUAACUACUAUUUGUCAGGAGGCUUCCACCCCAUGAGUUUCCACAUAGUCAACAUUCUUCUGCAUGGUGGCAUCUCUGUCCUCAUGGUGGAUGUCUUCUCAGUGCUAUUUGGCGGCCUGCAGUACAGCAGUAAAGGCCGGAGGUUGAACCUGUCCCCCAGAUCAUCCCUGCUGGCCGCACUGCUGUUUGCAGUGCAUCCGGUGCACACUGAGUGUGUUGCUGGUGUUGUCGGCCGUGCAGACCUCAUGGGUGCCCUCUUCUUUCUGUUAUCCUUCCUCGGCUACUGCAAAGCAUUUAGAGAAAGUAGCAGGGAAAGAGCUCAUUCUACAUUCUGGGUGUUGAUGAGUAUCCUUUUGGGAGCUGUGGCCAUGCUGUGCAAAGAGCAAGGAAUCACUGUGCUGGGUUUAAAUGCAGUCUUUGACAUCUUGGUGAUAGGCAAAUUAAAUGUUCUGGAAAUUGUCCAGAAGGUACUACAUAAGGACAAGUCAUUAGAGAACAUUGGCGUGCUCAGAAAUGGGGGCCUCCUUUUCAGAAUGACCCUCGUGGCCUUGGGGGGAGCAGGGGUGCUCUAUAUGCGCUGGAAAAUCAUGGGCACCGGGCCGCCACCAUUCACCGAGGUGGACAACCCUGCCUCUUUUGCCGACAGCAUGUUGGUCAGGGCCAUAAACUAUAAUUACUACUAUUCAUUGAAUGCCUGGCUGCUGCUGUGCCCCUGGUGGCUGUGCUUUGAUUGGUCGAUGGGCUGCAUCCCCCUCAUUAAGUCAGUUGGUGACUGGAGGGUAAUUGCACCAGCCGCACUCUGGUUCUGCCUAAUUGGCCUAAUAUGCCAAGCCCUGUGCUCUGAAGACAGUCACAAGAGAAGGAUCCUUACAUUGGCGUUGGGAUUCCUAAUUAUCCCAUUUCUUCCUGCAAGUAACCUAUUCUUCCGAGUGGGCUUCGUAGUGGCAGAAAGAGUUCUUUACCUCCCCAGCGCUGGGUACUGCAUGCUGCUGACUUUUGGAUUUGGCACUUUCAGUAAACACACUAAGAAAAAGAAACUAAUCACUACUCUCGUACUGGGAAUUUUGUUCAUAAACACGCUGAGAUGCAUGAUUCGCAGCGGCGAGUGGAGGAAUGAAGAGCAGCUUUUUCGAAGUGCCCUGUCUGUGUGUCCUCUCAAUGCUAAGGUUCACUACAAUGUUGGCAAAAACCUGGCUGAUAAAGGCAAUCAAACAGCUGCCAUCAGAUAUUACCGAGAAGCUGUGAGAUUAAAUCCUAAGUAUGUUCAUGCCAUGAAUAAUCUUGGAAAUAUUUUAAAAGAAAGGAAUGAGCUACAGGAAGCAGAGGAGCUGCUGUCUUUGGCUGUACAAAUACAGCCAGACUUUGCUGCUGCAUGGAUGAAUUUAGGCAUAGUGCAGAACAGCCUGAAACGGUUUGAAGCUGCCGAGCAAAGUUACCAGACAGCAAUCAAACACAGACGGAAAUACCCAGAUUGUUACUAUAACCUUGGGCGUUUGUAUGCAGAUCUAAAUCGCCAUGUGGAUGCAUUGAAUGCCUGGAGAAACGCUACUGCGCUGAAACCGGAGCACAGUUUGGCUUGGAACAACAUGAUCAUACUCCUUGAUAACACAGGUAAUUUAGCCCAAGCUGAAGCAAUUGGAAGAGAGGCACUGGAAUUAAUUCCUAAUGAUCACUCUCUGAUGUUCUCAUUAGCAAAUGUGCUGGGAAAAUCCCAGAAAUACAAGGAAUCUGAAGCAUUAUUCCUCAAAGCAAUUAAAGCUCAUCCAAAUGCUGCAAGUUACCAUGGCAAUUUGGCUGUGCUCUAUCAUCGCUGGGGACAUCUAGACUUGGCCAAAAAACACUAUGAAAUCUCUCUUCAACUUGACCCCACUGCAUCAGGGACUAAGGAGAAUUAUGGUCUCCUGAGAAGAAAGAUGGAACAAAUGCAAAAGAAAGAUGUCUGAUCCUUUUUCCUCCAUUUUUUUUAGUUUAUAUGUGUGUAUGCAUGAAUAUUAUGUAGUUACAUUUAAACAUUUUAAAGUCUUAAGUGUUUAUUUUAUUGUAUUUUCUUUCUGUGAAAACAAAGACAUGCAAAAAGAUUACAGCACCAGCAAUGUUCUCUUGAACGCUUGACGUGGUUGUUUUUUUUUUCAGACCAUUCAAAUAUAAAUUCUAAAAUUCUCAGAAUGUCUUUUUUAAUCAAAAAGAAAAAGAGAAAAAAAUCAUCUUGAGCAGCUUACAGUAGAACUUACCCUGCAUUUUGGAUGUGAGCCGUGUUGUAUAGACUAGUACUAUUAAACAUCUACUUUGAAUAAGAAAUGACAAACUAACUCCUACAAUAUAUAAAUAUCAAAUGUGUCUGUAUAUUAGACUUUUUAUUUAAUGACAACAAAAGGUAAAUUAAGAUAUUUGGUUUUUAAAUCUUUUUUUUAAACAAUGUACUAGGAACAUCAUUUGUAAGGAAAUAUUUAUUAUGCUUUUGUGUUUUGAACAGGGCAAGUAACUGAAUGAAAAUGGAAAUGUUAACAUUUAGUGUAUUUAUAUACCUUUUUCCCCCAUAGGAAGAUGUUCACUCCUGCAAUAAUUUUUGGAUUCUCCAACUUGUUUCAUAACAUAGAAAAUUAUUAGUAUUCUUCAUGAAUUGUUACUUUUAAUAGAAAAUCCAAGCUAUGCUUUACGCAAAAGCAGGGACCCUGAUGUCUUUAUUUGUUAUAUCCAGUAUUAAGAGGGCUACACAUCUAUGUUAAGUUGCUUUUUUACGUUUUUAACUGUAAAGCAGUUUUCCAUUUGGCUUAAUGGAACCACAGUCAUUACUAUAUCCAGGAAACACUAGAGGUAAAUUUUCUCUGAAAAGAAAACACAUUUGUGGUAUUUUUAAGAAUUGGAUUAUUUUUUCCAUUUUAUUUGAUCAUAAUAAUCAUGUUUUGUUUCAUUCUUCUAUAUAUGUUGUUGACCUUAUGAUUUAUGUGAUCUCUAAUUUUUUUAUGCAGUAAAAUUAUUAUACAAACUGAUAAAAAUGUUAUAUUGCCUUUUUAAUAGAUAAGUUCAUGAUUGUGUUUUCAUUCCCUUUAAAAUGAAAUU